UCUUCUUCAUCAAGGCCACAGAUACAGAAUUAUUCACGCAUUUAUCGUUUGCAGGUCCAUGGUCUCCGGGGAUCCCAACCCUCCAUUUCUAAGAACCUACAAGCUUCUCAUCGAUGACCGUGGUCCUCCUCCUCCGCCGCCGCUCCCUCCUCCUCCACCGGAGAAGGAUGCCGUCAUCGACCUCCCACUCAUCGAACUCAGCCGUCUAAUCCUCGAACCCGAGGAAUGCAAGGCUGAGAUUCGUUUGGCCGCCGCCGAAUGGGGCUUCUUUCAGGUUGUCGGCCAUGGCGUGCCGCCUGAGCUUCUGGACCGCCUUCGGAAGGUGCAGGCUAACCUGUUUCGACAACCCUUCGCAGAGAAGGAGAAGGGGAAGCUGCUCGACUUCGCCGCAGGGUACUGUUACACGUGGGGCACGCCGACGGCCACUUCUCUCAGCCAAUUAUCCUGGUCCGAAGCGUAUCAUAUCCCUAUGACGCCAUCAGCGGCACCGACCAAGCUCAGGGCCAGGCGUGUGAUAGACGAAUAUGCGACGAGAGUGGCUCAGCUUUCAUACGAGCUUGCAGGGAUAUUAGCAGAAGGAUUUGAAGGGAAAGAAGGAAGAAGAAACAUUGAUUACAUAGAAGAGCAUUGUAAACCCAGCUCAUGCUAUUUGAGGCUUAAUCGCUACCCUCCAUGUCCGAUACCGAAAGGAGUUUUCGGGUUGGUUCCUCACACCGAUACCGAUUUUCUCACAAUAGUUUAUCAAGAUCAAGUUGGUGGGUUGCAGUUGUUGAAAGGAGGAAGAUGGAUCACUGUUAAGCCUAAUUCCAGUGCUCUUAUAGUCAAUAUUGGUGACUUAUUUCAGGCAUGGAGUAAUGAUGUGUACAGAAGUGUGCGACAUAGAGUAAUGGCAAAUUUAGAAAUAGAGAGAUUCUCCAUUGCCUUUCAAUUAUGUCCAUCGUAUGAAACCAUCAUUCAUAGCAAGAAAUCUCCAUCUAUUUAUAGAUCUUUCACCUUCAUGGAAUAUAAGCAGCAAAUCAAGGAAGAUGUUAAAUUAUUUGGACAUAAGAUUGGCCUUUCAAGGUUCCUUGCUUGAACAAGUAGCUACAUCUCUCCAAGAGAAACAAAUAAGAAGCGUGAUUUAUAUUUUUUCUCCAAGAGAACUGGGUUCUUUUGGCCAUCUACUCUCAUGUCAAAUUGACAAUUAAUUAUUCUGUGCGGAUGCUGAAUGUCGUCCGGAGAUCAACCAGAAUGCGCUACGUCACCCCUUUGCUCGGUACCAUGGCUCCGUACUGCUCGGUAACGCUGACGUGGAGCAUUCUGAUUGGUUUCCGGACAACGCUAUGCGUAUAGUCGCCACACAAAAUAAUUUCUCCAAAUCGACAAUGUUGUACGUUCACUGUGACU